AGUCUAGGCAUUCGAACGGACCGUUUAGCCACACGGAGCUGUCCCUUCGCCACUGAUGUACGUGUCAUGAACAGCUGAUUGGAAACAUCCGCCAUCUAUUGGAAAUUUGAAUAGCUAACAAUACAUCGGAUGUUUACUUGACUCCAGUCCAGUCGGUCCGCUCUUCUUCGCGUGUGUUUACGCGUCUCCGUGGUCGAUUGUAACAAGAGGUUAUAAAUAUGAGUAAUAUUUAUAUACAAGAACCGCCUACAACGGGCAAGGUGGUAAUGAAAACAACGGUUGGCGACAUAGAUCUGGAAUUAUGGACGAAGGAGGCUCCCAAGGCUUGUCGAAAUUUCAUACAGCUUUGCAUGGAGGGCUAUUAUAACGGUACGAUAUUUCACAGAAUCGUAAAAGGGUUUAUAGCGCAAGGUGGAGAUCCGACAGGAACGGGAGAAGGCGGUGAGAGCAUAUAUAAGCAUCCCUUUAAGGAUGAAUUUCACACAAGAUUACGUUUUUGUCGGAGAGGAUUGCUCGCUAUGGCCAAUGCUGGCAAAGACGACAAUGGUUCCCAAUUCUUCUUCACGCUUGGCGCAACACCCGAGUUACAAAAUAAGCAUACUAUCUUCGGUAAAGUCACUGGCGAAACAAUUUACAACAUGCUCAAGUUGGAGGACGCACUUGUAGAUGAAAAUGACAGACCUCAGUAUCCACACAAAAUUUUAAGAACAGAGGUCUUAAAUAAUCCAUUUCAAGAUAUUGUCCCGAGAAUAGUAUCUGAAAAGAAGGAAAACAAGGAAAAAAAGAAGAAUAAGAAGACUGGUGUAAAGAAUUUCAAACUGCUAUCGUUUGGGGAGGAAGCUGAGGAAGAUGAAGAGGAGUCAUCAGUUUUAAACAAACAAUACAGCGGCAAAGGAAAAUCAGCGCACGAUUGUUUAUCUGAUCCAAAGUUAAGCUCACAAUCUGUGGUUGAAUCUAUUGAACCACCAAAUAAAAAAAUUAAAGGGGAUCGCAACAGCGAUUGCGAGAGCGAUGAAACACGAACUCCGGAAGAAUUGGCUGCUUUAAAAGAAGAAAAACAAGCUAUGAAGGAGAGAAUCAAGAAUAAAUUAAAGGAUUCUAAAAAGAUUUCCCAAUCAAAACCGAUAAUCGAGAACGAUGAAGCAAAAGCUGAAGAUACAAACGAAAACGGAGGGGGCGAGUCGGACUCGCAAGUGCGCAACCGGACUUCCUUCUCUAACGAGCAGAUAGACAGCCUCGAGAAAGAAUUCGAGCGGACACAUUACCCGGACGUGUUUGCACGGGAGCAUCUCGCCGAGAAAAUCGGAUUACCUGAGGAACGUAUCCAGGUGUGGUUCAGUAAUCGCAGGGCGAAGUGGCGUCGAGAGGAGAAAUUACGGAACCAGAGGAGGGCCGCCGUCGAUCAGGAGGUGGUCGCCGCGGAACCCGAUGAAUAUUAUUUGGGAAAAGAUCGAGAUGAAGAACGCAAGAAAAAGGCCGAAGCAAUAAGGCAAGAAAUACGUGAUCUAAAGCGCAGCGUAAGAAAUGAGAAGAAAGCGAAGGUAGAUGAAAAGCAACAAACUGAGAAGGAAGAAAAUGAGUCUGAAGUAAUGAGAGAAUACACAGAGCUUUAUGAGAAAUAUAAAACUAAGGACAAGUUGCCUAAGAAGGGCAAAACGCGUGAAGAUUUUAUAAUGGGAUUAUAUGGACAAUUCAGGAGUAACCUUCAAAACGUCAAGGAUAACGCGAAGGAUAAUACCACGAGUUCCGAUAAAAAGACGUCGAAAGAUAUCGAGGAUGACGAUGAUGAUGAUCCGGAUGAUAAAUCUUCGUUGUACACACACGUUAUGCGCUGCGAGGAGACGACUCCAGUGCUCGCCAAGGACGCCAGCACGAAGGACGAUGAUUGGUUUGAAAUCUACGAUCCUCGAAAUCCAUUGAAUAAACGACGAAGGGGAGAGAACUCCAAGUCUAAAGACGACAAAAGUGGCAGGAAUUAUUCCCAGGAUGGUAUUCGCCCACGAGAUUGGCAACCGCGAAGAUCAAGUUAUAAAGUACCUUUAAGAUUGAUGCGAUUAUGUUUGCUGGGACUGCUUUUGCCGUUCCUAUUCAUUGUUGGGCCGCUGUAUCUGCGAUACCGCGUGUACUCCGAGCAGCUAUAUGCCUUAGCAAUAUCGGACCAGAGACUGGUCGAUAGCAAAGUAUCUACCGUUUGGUGCCAAAGCCAAGUGAUCAAAGUUAACGCCACGUUCAACGCGUACCUGAUGAGUAACGAGCCAGUAGUUGAAAAAGAAACGGUGCCCGUUUCAAUGACGAGGCACCUCGUCAUGGAAGACGAUAUGAAGGAGUAUUGGGGAUUUUAUCUUCUGCAAGGCAGUAGCGUCACUGUUUCAGCUUGUGUAAGAUGGCCAGGUGCUUCUUUAACAAUAAUCCGUGGCUUCAAGAAUCUGCACGAGUGCGCAUUUAUCGGAGAUGACAGCAGCGAGGAACUCGAGGAGCUCGUUGAAGUCGCUAAGGAAGAAGGUCUUCUUGAUAUGAAGAGCACUACGGAGACAUCACGUCUUAGUAAUGUACCGGACAAAAUGAGACGAGCAGAUCAGAACAUACAUUUUUAUCACGAAGACAAAACUCUUCGUUUGAAUAUUUCUGAAUCGUCUAAAUAUCAACCGGGCAGUCAUGAGUUGGAUGCUGAAACGAUGCGGAAUAUACUUACCCAGCUUUUGGCCAAGACCGAUUAUACAAAGAAGAAGAAGAAGAACCCGCAUCAUCAUUACGAAGCGGUCUUCAGAGAUAUCACUAAUAUCGAUAAACCAGUGACAAUUCAUCCUGGAAACUUACAACAAGAUCAGCUUCGCAAAAAGUCAACAAACAAUCUUGAAUCCAACAAUAAAAAUGUAUCAGAAAAUAGUACAAAAUCCACGCUAUUGUCUUCGAAAAUACCAAUUUCUGUCCAAGAAAAGCAAUACAACCACAAAGAAUCUAAGCUCCAACAAACUGCCACGUCUUCUUCUAAGCUCCAUCCGAGUUCUACAGUAUCCAGCAAGCAAACGGAGUCUAGUACGGCACGAGAAAUCGUGAAAGAGCAAGAAGAGUCGACAACUAAACAGGCAAACUUUGAGGAGGUGUUUCAAGAUGUCCUACGAAAAAUCAAUUCCUUAGGUGACCGUGGUAAACAAAUGUUGCACAAAUUGAUGGAUACGAUUGACGCGGAAGCCGGCGCCAAAGGCGCUGCGUUGAAGCAAUUGGUAAACGACACGAUGAACGACAAGAAAUUGUCGAGCGAAGCUAAACAGAGAAGAAGGAGAGAUUUAAUCCUUUCAUCGCCGCUUUAUGAGGAACUAACACAGGAGGACGAAGAUGGUGACGCAGCGUUAGAAGAGGAUAUGUUGCAUCCAGAUGGUAUUGCAGAAGAUCGAGGUACCGUAAAUGAAACAACCUUGAACGAUAGAAGUAACUCCGAGUUCUGGAGCUCAUUUAGCAGUUCCGAAGAACGACUGUUGGAAUGCAAAGGUCUUAUCCUAAAUUUGCCUUUGACACCGCAUCGUUUUUGUACGCCCAAACAUGAAAGUCAUCAUUCUACGGCUUCCUUCGCCAAUACGGUAACAUAUAGAGUACCUCUAAAUGGAUAUUAUUUCUUUGUGUUUAAUUCGGAAAACGAGGUUCAACCUAAUUACGUGAGGGUGAAAUUUGAUCUUUUAAAGACCGUCUACAAUACUUCGAAUCCCGUACACUCAUGUAAAAACAGCACGAAAGAGUGCUCGUUACCGUUUCAGUUGUUCAGCAACGAGAGAACAGUGUUAGAACUGCCAUUAAGUGGAAAUGAUUCGCAAUGGAAUGAGGAAUAUAUUGGGGUGUCUGUAUGCGAACCACGAACGAUGGUUUACACCAUUUGUGUUAUCAUGGUGCCUUUGCUGAUCCUUUGUUUCGCUUUUCAAUAGCAGAUUGCGUUACCAACAGUAUUUAUAUACAUAACACACAUUUCUAUUGACCAUGAUUGUUAACGUUAUUGCACCAAAGCCUUUGAAAAAGGAAGGAUGAUAAUGAUAAUAACAAUUCGGUAUUUUUUAUUAAUUGAUCGAAUUGAUAAACGAAAUACUAAUAUUGCCUUUACUUGUUGUGGUAAAGACAAAAGAAAGAAAAGUUUCACCAACGAAUAUAUAUGGAGGGGUAAAAACCACAGUGGGGUAAGUCAAAUUUUUAA